AUGGCUCAACCUGUGUCUUGCUGUUUGCCUAGGUUUGGCACAAGCCUUCACGGGCCAAAACGGCCUGCCUCGUUGAGAGCCAGGACAAGUCCGUCCCACACUCUCCAGUUGCUGGCCGCUUGGGAUCGAGGCCAAUUAGAUUCCUUACUCAAGGCCUCAUGGGCUUUGCUUCUCCAUCGCUAUACUGGUCUGGAAGACAUCUGCUUUGGCUAUCAACCAAUUGGGGUUGAUGAGCACAAUACCGCCCUCUCGUCAGAUAUACAUAAUCAUAAUCUCUUAACUUUUAAUUUUACCAUCACCGAGGACGACUCCGUCCAUAGCAUUCUGCGCCACUUGGAGGGGACGAACAAUGCUGAGAGAUGCCGAUGUUCGAGCUCGAGUGGCCACAGUUAUACGCUAUGCAAUACCAUUCUGAUGCUGCGCAACUGUCGCAGUCCCGCCAAAGAUGCGCGAGCCCCUCUUGUGCAACCGGCCUUGGCAAUUCCCCUCCCCUCCCAGUGUCGCGUUAGACUUCACGUCAAGGUCCUGCAAGAAGAUGUUGGCAUCUUCUUGGAGUGGUGGAACAAUGACAUGUCCACCGAGCAUAUGAAGAGCAUUGCCGACUACUUCGAGCAGAUUCUUGCACGCGUCCUCUCGGCACAAGAUACCCUCGCAAAAGACUUGAACCAUUUCUCGGAUAGAGACUGGUCCCGAGUCUGCAAGUUUAAUUCAGCCAUUCCGACGGCUCACGAUCGCUGUAUACAUGAAGUCAUUCAUGAGCAAGUCCUCAUUCGCCCGGAAAGUGAAGCGGUUUGCGCAUGGGAUGGAAGUUUGACCUAUCGAGACCUGGACCUUCUCUCAUCUCAAGUUGCCUAUCGCCUCUAUGCACACGGAGUCGGCCCUGAAACAUGUGUCGCGCUCUGUUUCAAUAAAUCAAAAUGGAACAUCGUGGCAAUGCUAGGUGUUCUGAAAGCUGGUGGUGCUUUCGUCCCCCUUGACCCGACGCAUCCAACCUCUCGCUUACAGUCACUGGUGCGUGCCGUAAAGGCUAAGGUUUUGCUUUGCUCUAGAGGCCAUGUGGGAGCUUUGACCGGGAUUGCAGAGACCCUGGUCCCAUUAGAUCAGAUCGCCAUAGACGAAUUUUCUCUUCCAGCUGAAGAAGUACCUCAGUUGCCGGAAGUAAAAGGUUACAAUGCAGCCUACGUGAUAUUCACUUCAGGGUCCACAGGAGAGCCAAAAGGUACUAUGUUGGAGCAUAGAGCCUAUGUAUCCGGUGCUUUUGCCCAUGCAACACCGCAUCAUAUGUUCUCGACUUCACGUGUCUUACAGUUCGCGGCACACACCUUUGACGCGAGCCUGGUGGAGAUAUUGACUACCCUGUUGAUAGGUGGUUGUGUCUGUGUUCCAAGUGAAGAAGAACGAUUGAGCGACAUAGUCAAGGUCAUCAACGAGAUGAACGUGAACCAUGCCAUCUUAACACCCUCUUUUGUCGAGUUUGUUGACUCCUCGCAAGUUCCGGGGCUUGAAACCUUAAUUCUUGCCGGGGAGGCUAUGUCACAAGGUCAGCUAGUGACAUGGUCAUCCGCGCUCCAUCUUAUCAAUGCAUACGGCCCUACAGAAAGCUCUGUUGCUGCCGUCGUUAAUUCGAAAGUCACACCAUCUUCCGAUUGUCGGGAUAUUGGACUCCCGGUGGGGGUGCGUUGUUGGCUUGUGGACCCAAGCAACCAUGAUCAACUUGUUCCAGUUGGUUGUCCGGGUGAAUUAGUGCUUGAGGGACCGACACUUGCUCGAUGCUAUCUCAACAAUCCGCAAAAGACGAAUGAAGCAUUCAUCCACAAUCCAGCCUGGAUAAAGAAUGAUGACGUGGAGGGCAGCGACCGGAGGAUGUAUAAGACGGGUGAUUUGGUAAGAUACAACUCUGACUGUGGCUCAUUGACGUAUAUAGGAAGAAAAGACACCCAGGUUAAGUUCCAUGGACAAAGACUUGAACUGGGAGAGAUUGAGAACACCCUCGCUGCCGACCCAAUUGUCAAGCAUUGUCUAGCUUUUCUUUCAAAGUCCGGUUUCUCUGCAGGCAAAAUAGUAGCGGUCAUACCUCUGUCUGUUCAUUUCGAAAGCCAGUCAGACCCAAACGCAGCACCACUGAAGCUCCUCGAGCCUUCCAAGAAGGCCCCAAUUGUCGCAGAAGUUCGCGAGAGGCUAUCGAGUCAGCUACCAACCUACAUGAUUCCUUCUGUUUGGUUAUGUGUGGAAGCACUACCGUUGCUUGCGUCCGGCAAACUAGACAGGAAAGCAACCGCAAACUGGAUUGGAAACAUGGAAGAAGACCCGGAUGCUCAACCCAUCAAGAGUAACUCCCUGUCUAUGGAGAAAGCAAUGUACCCAUUCAGCGCUACAGAGGAGCAGCUCGCUUUGAUAUGGAGUCGCGUUCUCAAUAUCCCCCGAAACCAGAUUGGUCUUGACGAAGGCUUUCUGAGUCUUGGUGGUGACUCGAUUGCCGCUAUAACGUGUCUGGGAUACUGUAAGAAGCAAGGAAUGGGCCUGACAGUACAAGAAGUGCUUCACAGCAAGUCUAUCAGCGAGUUAGCGACUCGCGUUAAACGGGUUGACCAGUCAAUUGUGUACAAAGAACAGCUGGACGAGCCGUUCGACCUUUCGCCAAUACAGAAACUUCACUUUAUGGUCCGGAAUGAGGGCCAAGGUCAUUUCAAUCAAAGUAUUGUCACCCGUCUAAACAAACACAUUGAGGAGCACGAUAUACGGCGCGCCAUUGAGGCCAUUGUUAAUCGCCACUCGAUGCUCCGUUCUCGACUGAUCCAGUCAGAAGUCGAAGGGGGCCUGCAGCAACGCAUCACUCACGAUGUAGCAGGGUCAUACCGUUUGCAGUCCCACAGUGAUAGCGAUCAAAGCGAGACCGACGCAGCCAUUUCAAAUAGCCAGUCAUGCAUCGAUGCAUUUGUUGGCCCCGUACUUGCUAUCGAUGUCUUCUACAAAGACAACAAUUCCUGUCUGCUAUCGUUGGUAGCGCAUCAUUUGGUAGUCGACAUUGUUUCUUGGAGGAUAAUUCUAGAAGACCUGGAGGAUCUACUGAUCAAUCCCAAUCAAACGACAUCACAAGGCGGCUCUCUUCCGUUCCAAAGCUGGUGCCAAAUCCAAGCGGACCGUUGCCAAACAUCGACAGCUGAGUGGGCAAUGGAUUUACCUAUCGUUCCAGCACCGGACUUUGCUUAUUGGGGAUUGGACACCCACCGGACUACCUACGGAGAUGUUGACUGCGAAACAUUCGAGCUUGACAGCGAUGUUACUCACCACAUACUGAUGGGAUGCCAUCGAAGUCUCGAGACCGAGCCAAUUGACGUGUUUCUGGCAGCAUUACUGCAUUCAUUUGGACAGACAUUCAAAGACCGAUCGCUGCCAAUCAUAUACAAUGAGGGACACGGAAGAGAAGUCUGGGAUUCAUCAAUUGACAUCUCGCGUACCGUCGGCUGGUUUACCAUCCUAUAUCCCAUACUUCUUUCUAGCCUUCCUGCAGAAGAUCCGACUGAAACGGUUAUACGUGUCAAGGACCUACGCCGACGAGUUUCAGAUAAUGGUCGGCAGGAUUUUGCACGUCGCAUGCUAUCUUUGCGUGAAGAUGGCUCUUGUCUACAUCAUAGUCCCAUGGAAGUAUCUUUCAACUAUGUUGGCCAGCAUCGUGAUCUACAAAGAAAGGACGGUCUCUUUCAGCUCAUGGACCAGAUGGCUGGAGAAACCGGCCGAGGUGGCGGGGCGGCUGACUUUGGCGAGGAUACUCCUCGCUUUGCGCUAUUCGAAAUAUCUGCGAUGGUCGUGCAGGGAAAACUUCGAUUCAUCUUUUCCUUCAAUAGGAACAUGCAGCAUCAAAAAGCCAUUCGUGGUUGGGUUACAUGCUGCCAAACCCUAUUGCAAUCCUUGGGUGAACAGCUACAGUUCCUUCCGCCGAGGCCAACGCUGAGCAGUUUCCCCAUGUUAACAUUGACAUAUGAGGAGUUGGAAACUCUGGUAUCCAAAAAGCUACCAAGUGCUGGUGUGAAUGCUAUGGAUGAUGUAGAGGACAUUUAUCCUUGUUCAAGCAUGCAGCAGGGUAUCUUACUCAGUCGUUCUCGCGAUAGCUCACUCUAUGCCGUACAUGACACAUUCGAAGUUAAGGGGUCAGGACACAAGCCCGACAUUGGUCGGUUGACGCUCGCCUGGCAAAAAGUCGUGGAUCAUCAUGCAAUGCUGCGGACUAUCUUCCCGGAGGGCUUGAACAGCCGCGACUUAUACUGCCAGGUGGUACUCAAAGCCUUCGAUUCCCAACCAACUUUUGUGAUAUGUGCAGAUGAAACCGAGGUGCUGUCAACAUUUGACAAGCAACAACCAAUGAUGUACAAUGACAAACAACCACCUCAUCGGCUCACAAUUUGCCAAACGACUUCUGGCAAAUUAUUCUGCCGACUGGAACUGAAUCAUGUCGCCAUGGAUGGUGCGUCGAUUUCCAUCAUCGUCCGGGACCUGCAAUUGGCCUACCAAGGAAAACUCGAAGACCCCAAACCAAAGUUUAAGGAGUAUGUGCGCUAUCUUCGUGAAGUUCCUCAGGAGGCCAGUAUUGACUACUGGCGCACAUACUUGUCAGAUGUCGAACCCUGCAGUUUCCCUGUUCUCAACGAUGGACACGGUUCUGUGAGGCGACUUCGGACCAAAAGAUUGGAAUGUGGGCCAUUUAAAGCGCUUCAAAGCAUUUGCGAAAAGAACGGCCUGACUCUGCCAACCGCUUUCAGCGCUGCAUGGGGACUAACACUUCGCUCUUUCUGCGAAACUGACGACGUUUCCUUUACAUAUCUGGCAUCGCUAAGGGACGUUCCAGUGGAAGGCAUUGAGUCUGUUGUCGGACCUGUCAUCAACACAUUGACCUGCCGCAUAAAAUUCCCUGAAGGAGCUUUGCUAAAGGACAUUCUUGGAAAGGUGCAAGAGGACAACUUGGAUAAUCUGCCACACAGACAUGUGUCUCUCGUUACUAUCCAGCAAGCUCUGAAUCUAUCGGACUCAUUGGCCAACAGCGGCAUUUCGUACCGGAAGCUUCCAAAUCAGGCCAUCUCGUCGCGGGAAGAAAUACAACUCUCGGAAGUUGGGACAAUCCACGACCCUGCAGAGUCCCCCAUUUUCAUAAACGUUGAGGCCACAGAUGAUGAGGCGCAUAUUGACCUGAACUACUGGACGGAUCACCUCUCCGAAGGACAAGCAGCUAAUGUUGCCAGCACGUUCCUUAAGUCACUUGAGAACAUUGCGGAGCAUUUUGAGGAUGAGAUCCACCGGAUUGAUAAUUUAAGCGAAGCGAAUAAGCAACAAUUAACACUUUGGAACGCCAAGGUGCCAGAAGCUGUCGACAAAUGCAUACAUGAGGUACUCGACGAAUAUUCGAAGUCUGAACCCAAUGCUGUGGCAAUUGCUGCUUGGGACGAAAGUCUUACUUAUUCCAAGCUCAGCGGACUGUCCUCCCUUCUUGCAACUUACCUGACAAAGCUCGGUGUGGGCCCUGGAACUCUGGUGCCAAUUGAUUUCGCUAGGUCCUCGUGGCAGAUUGUAGCCAUUUUGGCGGUUUUGCAGGCUGGUGGGAUAUGCAUUCCCGUCGAUCUGAAUUGUAUGCCGCAGCCUUUUGAGACUUGGCUCACCGAUAACGAGAUCCAAAUUGCUCUUGCGUCCCCAACCCGAGCGCAGCUGCUUGAAAAUGCCGUUCCAUAUGUUAUCCCUGUGGGUAGGUCUCUUUUCGAAUACCUUCCAGACACUGAGACAACCUUCAAAUCACCUGCUCAGCCAUGGAACGACGGAUAUGUUGUGUUCAGCGCCGCGAUCUCCAAAGCCAUCACACUUGAACACCGUGCGGUGACAACUCGGGCGAGGGCCUUCGCUUCAGCCCUUGGGCUUAGUGCCAAAACGAGAAUGCUUCAAUAUGCUCCUUUUACUUCUGACAUGUUUCUCCAGGAAGUGUUCGGAACCUUGGUAUGCGGUGGAUGUGUUUGCAUCCCUUCUGACGAUGGCUUGGGCGAUCUGCCAAAGGCGAUCAACAUGGCACAGGCAAACUGCGUCAGCAUCACUCCAUCAACAGCCAUGGCUCUACAACCAGCAGAUGUUCCAGGGCUUGAAGUACUUGCCUUAUGGGGUGAACGCUCAUCUGAAAUGCUUCUUGCCACCUGGUCCAAGAAAGUUCAAUUGCAUGCACUCUAUGGUACGCCAGAGUGCUCCUCCACUUGCAUUCAGUAUUCGAAGUCCGAUGAGUGGAACGGACUGCCACUUAUUGGAUCAAAUGCCGGAUGUAUCUCAUGGCUUGUCGAUCCUUGCAAUCACGACAUCUUGGUUCCGAUAGGGUGUGUUGGUGAACUGAUGAUAGAGGGCCCUGGCCUUUCUCGUGGUUACCUUCACAAUGAGGAGCUGACACGCCGCAAGUUUGUUGAAAACCCUGCGUGGAGACUGGCUUACGAGUCCCAGUCAGCAACCGGUAGAGAUUUUGAAAGUUCGGAGUCACAUAAUGCCAGACAUCGUUUGUUCAAGACUGGGGAUCUGGCCCGCUACAAUCCUGACGGCACUUUGGUUUACGUGGGGAAGAAGGGAAGAGGGUUCCAUUGGCAGCAACAAACAGCUGCCAUGCACCUUGAACAACAGAUCGCAUCGCUUUCAAACCUUAGUACCCAAUACGCCGUCGAAAUAGUCGACCAAAUCAGUGAGGCAGUUCCCGCCUCAUCACUGGCCGUCUUCAUUUUCGAUGAGACUUCCGAUUCGAAGAAUACUGAGGAGCAGCAACUCAUCGCACAAAUGACCCCUGAACUGCAUGAUUUGACAAUGAAGCUGCAUGCUAAGUUGUCUGGCGCUUUACCAGAAAACAUGAUUCCAAGUCUUUACUUCCCGAUGCUUAGCAUGCCGCUGAGCUCGUUUGGCAAGCUGAACCGCCAGCUCUUGAGAGAUGCAGCUCAACGCUUGCCAGGAGCAGCACUACUUAGAUAUGAUAUCAAGAGCUUCAAUGACUUUUGGCGAGCUCAUUUGGCUGACUCAACAGCUUCACAUGAGUUUCCUUCACCACCUCGCUCCCCGUCUUUGCAAAGUGCAUCCAUCACCAAGCAAGCAACAAAAACCGUGCAGGUGUCUUGGUGUGAUGCACUCAAGUCAACGACCAUAGGUCUAAGAUGCGCUCUUCUUUCUGCAUGGGCUCUGACCAUCCAUGGCUACACCGGCUCUGAUAAUGUCGUUUUCGGGGAGUCGCUGCUGAACGCGGAGAUAGUCUUGACCGACAGCCGUGAUAGCCACACGCAGAGCGCAGCCAUCGUUCCCAGACACUUUAAGAUCGACAAUGGGUGGACUGUUACUGAGUUACUGAACAGAGUAAAGAAUCAUCUGACCGCAACCGAACCUUACCAGUGGGCUGGAGUUCGUCAGAUCCAGAACUUGAACGCCGAUACGGCACGGGCCUGCAAAUUCAAGAACUCAAUUACAAUACUGGACAUGCGUAACCAGCGAUCAGGCUUCACACGCGAGCAACAGGAUAUCCUGAGCAUUGAAUGUGCCAAACGUUACCCCUUGGUGGUCAGUUGCAUCGUUGACGACAGUGGAUUUGAACUUGUGGUUCGUUACGAUGGAAGCACGCUAUCUGAUACCCAGCUUGAACGCUUGACUGCUCAAUUCCUUGCCUGUGUCGAGCUUCUCAUUUCCGAUGCCAGUAUGGAAAAAACAAUCAGUGACUUAUCCAGGGACAACAAAGACUUCUGCUCUUUCCGCCACGAUGUUGCUUACUGGAAGAAUUAUCUGGACGACGUCGAAGCUUGUCUUUUCCCAUCUCUACGUGCAAGCGCAGAGCAGACGACUUAUGCCGAGGCAAAGCUGGUACUCAGUGAUGCAGAAAAAUUGCAAGCUUUCUGUGAAAGUGCCAAUGUUAGCACGAACUCGCUUCUCCAGCUUGUUUGGGGGUUGGUUUUGCGAUGCUAUACAGGUUUGCGAGAAGUCUGCUUCGGCUACCAAGUAUCGGGUACAAGCCACAGAAACGGAGUGUCCGGCUUUGCAGAUUCCCAGGUUAUCGCGGGCAUUUUUGCUUGCAGGAUGCUCUUGGAAGACGAAAUCCAGAUUGAGGAGGUUUUGAAGAAGCGUCUAGACGGACUAGACCAAAUGCUGCAGCAUCAGUUGCCUUUCCCUGAGGUCCAGCAAGAGGUUGGGUAUGGUGAUGGCGCCAUCUUCAACACCGUCUUCAGUUACUCAGAGAAAUCAGUUGAUGCUUGCAUUUCGCAAGAUGUGGAUUGGUCCACUGGUCUUGAUACAAUCACAUGCAUGAUUGCUGUCAACGCCGUCCUCUCAGGAUCAUCUGGAGAGAUCUCCUUUGAAUACUCCACGAGGAAUUUCUCAGAUGCUGACAUCAACGGUAUACUCGAUUGUUUCAAACAUAUCUUGGACUCUAUAGUCAAUUCUCUUAGCGUGGGCACCAUGAUAGGCGAUAUUGACUUCGUGAGCGAACUUUCUUGUCGAAAGAUAAGUGAGUGGAAUUCAAUGUUGCCAGAUCGACCUAUGCUAUGCGCACAUGAACUCAUCCAGCAGCAAGCGCUCAACCUUGCUUCAUCAGCUCCUGCGAUAUGUUCGUGGGAUGGUGACUUUACACAUGAACAACUCGAUCAAUUGUCGACGCGAUUAGCGCACCAUCUGGUGCGUAUGGGCGUCAAGCCAGACGUCUUUGUGGCGUUGUGCUUUGAGAAGUCAGCGUGGGCUGUUGUUGCACAGGUUGCUGUUCUAAAAGCCGGGGGAGCCUUUGCUUCCUUGGAUCCUACUCACCCAGAAAGUCGUCUGAAAGGCAUGGUAGAAGACCUCGAUGCCCAGGUCAUUCUCUGCUCUGAAACACACUAUGAGAAAGCUUCCGCAAUCUGCCAUUCUGCAGUUAUCGUUAGCAAUAGCGCAAUCCAUCGGCUUCCCCAUGCGCCUUCUGCCGCACCAACCCAAAGGGUAACCGCGGACAAUGCAGCCUACGCCAUAUUUACAUCGGGGACCACAGGAAAACCCAAGGUGACGGUCCUUGAACAUGUUGGGCUCACCUUAGCUUGUACCGAUCUCGCCAGGGCCUUGCAUAUAGACUCAAAUACCCGCGCCCUGCAGUUCUCAAGCUAUACUUUCGACGUCAGCAUACUGGAGAUUAUCAUCGUCCUCGCGGCCGGUGGCUGUGUUUGUGUUCCUAGCGAGGAUGAGCGCUUGAACAAUCUGUCUGGAGCCAUCAGAAGAAUGGAUGUCAGCUUCAUGAGCGCCACACCCUCCAUAGUGAACACCAUGGAUCCCAAGGCCGUCCCGUCUCUGAGAACCUUGAUUUUGGGAGGAGAGAAGAUGACAGCAAGCCAUUUUGAGCGAUGGGCUGAUCGGUGUAUCUUCAACGCUUACGGUCCGUCUGAGGCCACUAUCGCGUUUACUGCCAGUGCCAAGUUUGAUCACACAGGAGCACAGCUUAAUGAUGACUACGGUUCUAUUGGCACUGCCAUUUGCGGCAGAACAUGGGUCGUCGAUUCUCGCAACCACAAUCGCCUUGUACCCGUCGGUGCUGUGGGAGAGCUUGUUCUAGAGGGUUGCACUGUUGCGCGUGGUUACCUCAAUAAUGACGAGAAAACCAGGGCGGUCUUCGUCCGCAAUCCGGAAUGGACCCAGCGUGAUGGACUACAACACGUUCUUGGUCGCAAAGAACGGAUGUACCGCACAGGAGAUUUAGUGCGCUACAACUCCGACGGUUCGCUUGGCUUCAUCUCGCGCAUAGAUACGCAAGUCAAAUUGAACGGCGUGCGCAUCGAACUGGAAGAAGUUGAGCAACAGUGCAUUCGUAUUCUCUCAGCGGACACUCAGGUGGCUGUUGAGGUCGUUGCUCCAGAGGCGAAGACAGUCGCCAAGUGUCUGGCGGCAUUUUUCAUCGUUGACGAGCAUGAAAACCAAGAAGAUAUGGAUGAGCAAUUGAUACUUCCAAUGACAGCCUCCAUGGUGGACGUUGUCCAGAAGCUGCACGAAUCCCUCGUUGAAUCCUUGCCGCUCGCUAUGGUCCCCAAGCUUUACUUCCCUAUGCGGCGCCUGCUCUUUGGUAGCACUGGCAAGACUGAUCGGAAGGCACUUCGAGCCAUGGUCGAUACAUUGAGCAAGGAGCGCUUGAAACCUUAUGUUAUCUUCAAUAUUGGCGCAGAACACUUCUCGAAUGUGGGAACGGAAGGAAUGGAGGGCGCUCUUAGGGAGCUAUGGGAGGAAGCUCUCAACCUUGCCCCAGGGUCUAUCAGUGCUGAAGAUAACUUCUUCGGUCUGGGUGGUGACUCAUUUUCUGCCAUGAAACUCGUCGUAUCAGCGGCCUCCCUAGGAAUUUCACUUACAGUGGCCGACAUAUACAAGACCCCUAUUUUCAGGGACAUGGCAAAUAACUGCGGCGCUCUAGAAACACAAGCUGGGGUAUCGACAGUGGAACCAUUCGCUAUCCUGCCUCAAUCACUGUCACUCGAGGAUAUCCUAGAGGAGGUUUCCAGCCAAUGUGGCGUGCCUAAGGAACAAAUUGCAGACCUUUACCCUUGCAGUCCAGUGCAAGAGGGCCUGCUCACACUCUCUAUCAAGCAAUCUGGGGCUUAUGUCGCUCGACCUGUAUUUCAACUUGCAGAGGGAGCUGACCUUAAGAAGUUCAAGGUGGCAUGGCAAAAGGUGGUUGACGAGAUGGAUAUUCUGCGGACUCGGAUUGUACACACAGAGACCGCCAACUUCGUCCAGGCCGUGCUUACUGAUGCCCCUAUUUCCUGGGACUCGGCAACAGACUUUGAUUCUCUAUCAAAUGAGAGCAUUGACUUGGCAAGAGACAACGGAGGCCUGCUUACUGGAUAUGGUAUUGUGGAGCCUGAAGCGUUUUCUAAACGUUAUUUUGUCUGGACUAUCCAUCACGCUCUCUAUGAUGGAUGGAGUGUGGCACAGAUUCUACGGAGAGUAGAGGAGGUUUAUGGUGGCUCCUCUAAUCCCAGUCCAGCGCUUCCUUACAAGUUGUUCAUCAAGCACUUGGUUGAACAAGAUGCGCCAUCUUCGGACGAAUUCUGGAGGACCCACCUCGCAGGCAUCUCCUCCUCGCCUUUUCCUCAGAACAAGCCGUCGCCUGAUGCUAUCCGUGUAGGCAACCGGCAUUACAGCUCAGUUGAAGUCUCGCGCGCACCAAAUGGUCCCAAUUUGACAGUACCUGAGAUGAUUCGAGCUGCGUGGGCAAUGGUGGUCUCUGUCCAUACCGGAUCGGGUGAUGUUUGCUUCGCUGAAACACUCAUGGGUAGAAAUAUCGAUAUGCCUGGCGCCAUGGAUAUCGCAGGACCCGUCCUUACAACAGUCCCCACACGCAUUGCUGUUGACAAUGAGCUCUCGGUCAUUCAAUACUUGCAGAGUGUUCGUCAAUUGACUACAGUUAUGAUGCCACAUCUGCACGCCGGACUUCAAAGAAUACGCAAGCUCAGCAGUGAUACCGCCCUUGCUUGCGAGUCCCAGAAUUUGUUAGUUAUCCAAUCUGAAGAGGGUCAGCCCGACACCAAAAUUUGGGAGCAAGGGCACAACUUGACCGAAGGGGAUUUUUUCACUCACCCAAUUGUUGUUGAGUGCAAGAUCGGCGAAUCACAAGUGGCCGUCACACUUCACCACGAUGAGCUUGUCUUCGACAGCUGGCAAGCUCAGAUGCUCAUAGGACAGUUUACCCAUGUUCUAGGCCAGCUAUUUUCAAUCUCUAAUGAUGAAACUAGGAAGGUUGGAGACCUAGAGGUUUCUAGUCCUCGGGAUAAGGAAGAGAUUACCUCCUGGAAUCAGAGAGACCUGACUUGCAUAGACAGAUGCGUUCACCAUAUCAUUGAAGAGAAAGUAUCCCUCCGACCGCAAGCCCCGGCCAUUUGCUCUUGGGAUGGACAGCUUUCAUAUCAGGAGCUAUACCAUCUUUCUUCUUCAUUCGCAGCCUACUUGAGAACUCGCGGAAUUGGCCCGGAGACCCUGGUUCCGAUUUGCAUGGACAAAUCCCUAUGGGCAGUGGUCACCAUCCUGGGUGUUCUCAUUGCCGGUGGAGCAUUUGUUCCCCUUGACCCUGCCCAUCCAACUUCAAGGCAUAGGGAGAUCCUGGCCGAGGUCGAAGCUCGUGUUGUUCUCUGCUCUCCCAAGUAUCACAAUCGGUACGCUGGUGCUGUCAAGGCAAUUAUCCCUGUCAGUAAGGAGACAAUCAAGGCAUACUGUGCUCUUAUAGCGACAAGUACCAGGGGAUCCGACAGCGCUACGCCCACAAACAUGGCAUUCGCUAUUUUUACCUCUGGCAGCACAGGACGUGCCAAGGGUAUCAUCAUCAACCAUCGGGCGCUUGCCAGCAGUGGCAUGGCAUUCGGGCCCAUGGUACACCUUAAUGAAAAUUCCCGAGCCUUCCAGUUUGCUUCCCUGACCUUUGAUGCGGCAGUCAUGGAAGUCCUUGUCACAUUGAUGCAUGGAGGAUGUGUGUGUAUUCCAAGCGAGGACGAACGCUUGAAUGAUGUGGCGGGUGCCAUCCGGCGGAUGGAUGUCUCUUGGUCAUUCCUGACUCCAUCCAUAGCCAGCAUCAUUGAGCCAUCAUCUGUGCCAUCCCUAAAGGAUCUCGUGUGCGGUGGAGAGAAGAUGUCGCGCGAAGUGAUCACUAAAUGGGCGCAUCGGGUAAACCUGAUGAAUGGCUAUGGACCGACUGAGACCACCAUUUUCGCGGUCAUCAACACAAAUGUUGCUGCCAAUCCGGAUCCUGCGUGUAUCGGCCAUGGCAUUCCAUGCACUCUGACUUGGGUCGUCGACCCCGACGAUCACAAUAAAUUGACCCCCUUGGGUGCUGUUGGUGAACUGGCACUGGAAGGCCCCGCACUCGCGAGGGAAUAUCUCAAGAACCCCAAGAAAACUGCCGAAGCUUUCGUGGAUGAGCCGGAGUGGAUAAAGAGCUUCCCAAGUGACCUUCCUUCCCCACGAAGGAUAUACAAGACGGGAGACCUUGUUAAGUACAACUCUGACGGCUCUGUGGAAUACAUCGGCCGCAAAGACCAUCAGGUUAAACUCCAUGGUCAACGCAUGGAGCUUGGAGAGAUUGAGCACCGGCUAUACGAGGAUCCGCGAGUCCGUCACGCUGUGGUCAUAUUGCCAACGACUGGACCUCUUAAGCAACGGCUGGUCACGGUCCUGUCGCUAAACUCUGUCACCGCGGAGAAAAGCAUCAUUUCGGACAAUGCGUGUGAGCUCAUCGGUCGAGAUGGAUCCGCGCAGUCGGCAUACCAGGAGCUUGUCACCAUUCAAAAGAGCCUGGAGACCCAGCUUCCUAUCUACAUGGUCCCGCAGGCCUGGGCUCUUAUCAAGCAGCUCCCUAUGCUUGUGUCCGGAAAGCUGGACCGGAAGCGGAUCACCGCUUGGCUGGAACGCAUUGACGACGCCUCCUACGAUCGCAUAAUGGAGGAUUACGAUAGCAUCAAAAGGGGAGAGGUUGAGCAAGAAGAGGAAGAAGAUGACAAAGAAACAUCAGUCAAGCUAAUCAAGGACAUCGUCUCCCAGGUUCUCAACCUGCCAGCCCACAAGGUUGACUCGGACCGGUCAUUUGUGAGCCUAGGAGGCGAUAGCAUAACUGGAAUGGCUGUCAUUUCUCGCGCCCGUAAACAUGGGCUCGCAGUGACCCUUCACGGUGUGCUUCAGACAAAGUCGAUAAAGGAGCUUGCUCUGGCUACCGAAACAAAAGUCCAGACCGUCCGAAGGGAGGAGAAGUCCCAUGAGUCCUUUGAACUAUCGCCCAUUCAGGGAUUGUUUGUGCACUCCGCAACUGGCUUCCGGGAUUCAACCCGCUUUAACCAAAGCAUGACAGUGCGCGUUACUCGCAAGAUUGAGCCAAAGGACUUGGAAAACGCCAUCAAAGCUGUUGUCAAGCAACACUCUAUGUUCAGAGCACGGCUAUUCAAGUCUCGUGAUGGAAAAUGGCAGCAGAAGAUAACUGAUGAGGUUGAUGCCUCUUACAGCUUCCAUCAUCAUGCUGUUGACAUGGAAAAUGCGAUUAUGCCCAAGAUCGCUGAAAGCCAACGUUCUGUGGAUGUCCAACAUGGACCUAUUGUUGCCGCGGAUUUGUUUGAGGUCCGCGGCGGCAUGCAGGUUCUGUUCCUAGUAGCCAGUCACAUAUGUGUCGACAUGGUGUCCUGGCGCAUUGUCCUGCAAGAUAUUCAAGAUUUCCUCGACACUGGAUCGUUGUCGGUCGAGAAGCCCUUGUCAUUCCAGGCUUGGUGCAACCUUCAACUUGAAGAGAGCAAAAAGCUCAAGGGCAGAAAUCAGCUUCCUUUCUCUAUUCAGCCUCCCGAUCUGAGCUACUGGGGAAUGGAACAAUCACCAAAUCUCUAUGGCCAUGUCAAAAUGGAAGGAUUUGCUCUGGAUGCUACGACCUCGACACAGAUUCUUGGGGCGUGCCAUGGAGUUCUUCGCACCGAGGCCAUUGAAGUUAUACUCUCGGCUGUUGUCCACUCCUUCCGUCGAACCUUCACCGAUAGAGCGGUGCCGACAAUAUACAACGAGGGUCAUGGUCGCGAGGCCUGGGAUAGUUCUAUUGAUCUUUCAAGAACAGUGGGUUGGUUCACGACCAUGUGUCCUCUGCAUGUCGGUGAUGGAUCAGACCUACUGGACACCCUGAAGCGUGUCAAGGAUAUGAGGCGUCAUCUCGCUAGUAAGAGUCGGCCAUACUUUGCGGAAAGCCUGCUUGACCCGGAAGGUAAACAGGCUGGUAGCUUUCCUGUUCCGCUUGAGAUUCUGUUCAAUUAUCUUGGACAACUUCAACAACUGGAGCGUGAUGACUCUCUCUUCCAACAUUACGGCGAUGCAUUCAAUGCCGAAACCUUCGAGCUGGCAGGAGACAUGGGUUCCAAGACCUCCCGAUUUGCUCUCUUCGAGAUUUCGGCCCUUAUCAUCAAGGACAAGAUUCAGGUCUCUUUCACUUAUAACCAGCAUAUGGGACAUCAACAAAAAAUCCAUGGCUGGAUAUCUGAAUGCAAACGAGUGCUGGAGGAGGAUAUGCUUCGCCUCGGAGAUUUCGCGCCUGAACCGACGCUCAGCGACUACCCCUUGCUUCCAAUCACAUACGACGGACUGAACAGUAUGGUCAAGAAUACCUUCCCCAAGGUUGGACUCGAGAGUUGGAGUCAGGUUGAAGACAUUUAUCCUUGUUCUCCGGUGCAAGAAGGGAUUCUUCUCAGUCAGCUCCGAGAUCCGAAGGGCUACCUGUUCCAUGUCAUUUUUGAUGUGCGCCACUCCAAAGGCAACGCGGUGGACACCAACAAACUCCGAAAGGCAUGGGCCAUGGUUGUCAGCCGGCAUCCUGUCUUGAGGUCUGUUUUCAUCGAUAGCAAUUACAAAGGCGGGUCUUUCGACCAGGUGGUGGUUAAGGCACUCGAUGAUGCGGUUAUUGAGUUUCAGUGUCCCGAUUCGGAUGCACUGGGAACGCUCGGAGAAAUUCAGCUUCGCGAUAUCAAUGCUGAGAGAUCGACAAAACUUCCUCACCAGGUGACGCUCUGCAAGACGUCGUCGGGGCGGGUUCUUUUCAAGAUUGAGAUGAACCACGCUGUUAUUGAUGGCGGAUCGGUUGACCUGCUCCUGCGAGAUCUUGCGCUUGCAUACAACGAUCAGCUUCCUGCUGGAACCGGGCCACUUUUCAGCGACUAUGUCAAAUACAUCAAGGGGCAAGCCCAGGAAGAGACUGCCGCACAUUGGGUACAGUAUCUCUCUGGCGUUCAACCCUGCCAUCUGUCGUUCUCUUCUGCAACAGGUGGUAGUCACCAGCUCGGUGAGCGCAUGAUCAAUUUCAAGCGCUUCCCUGAGCUGCAGAAAUUCUGCGAAGAGAACUCCGUUACACUUGCUAACUUGACCCUUUGUGCCUGGGCUAUUGUGCUUCAGAACUGCACGGGGUCAGAUGAUGUCUGCUUUGGAUACCCCUCUGCUGGCCGUGAUUCCCCUGUUCCCGGAAUCCAGGACGCAGUUGGUAUUUUUAUCAACAUGUUGUGCUGCAGGGUCAAGUUUGCUCCGGGUCAGACCCUUCUUGAUAUUGCAAGAAAGGUGCAAGAUGAUUUUAUCAAGAAUGUGCCGCAUCAACACUGCUCUCUAGCUCAGAUACAGCAUGAGCUUGGAUGGCACGGUGAGACACUUUUCAACACAACCCUUUCCAUCCAGAAUCGCUCGGCCCAUGAAGGCGCUGGGAAACAAAUACUCGAGUUCGAAGUCCAAAAGGCUCAUGAUCCGACUGAGUAUCCCGUGACGGUGAAUGUUGAGACUACCAAGGGCAGGGAGGGAGUGUUGCUCAGGUACUGGAGCAAUACCGUGACUGGCACUCAAGCGAAGGACCUAGCAGAUGCUAUUACCAAGGUCUUUACAUGCUUCGUUGAGGAGCCGUCGAAACUUGUUUCGAGCUUGAAUCUUCGUAACAAGCUAUCGCAGAAUCAGAUCUCCCGCCCCAAGGAGCCUAUCAUUGUGGAUCAAUUGAUUGACAGCUAUGCCUUGCAGAAGAUGAUCGACGACCGUGUUAACGAGAUCAUCGGCCAGAUGCUGAAGAAAGGCAAGCUCGCCAUACCUCGUGCUCAGAGCCAAGAAACCAGGUAUUCGCAUGGCUCUCUCCAUCUCAAGAUGGUCGAGGCUUCAUUCCAGGAGAACGAAAUAUCCGACGAAAAGGAUCUUGCAAACUCGACGCCAUCCCUGACUGAUGAUGGCAGAAGCUCGACUGACAACGAUAGACGCCUCUGGGACCUGUGGAAGUCGACGUUGGAGCUGUCUUCCGACAGUAUUCAAUACCGGAGCAGCUUUUUCAAGCUAGGCGGUGACAGUAUCACCGCCAUGAAGAUUGUCAGCGCUGCGCGAGAGGAGGGCCUGCAGAUGACGGUGGCAGAUGUGUUCAACAACCCAGUGUUCGAGGACAUGCUGGCUGUCGUUGCUCCCAGAAGCAGUCCGACGUCGAAUGCCGAAACCCAAUGCGGAAACAACAUCGAGGAGCUCCUGGAGGCUGACGAUGCUCUUUCAGACCCUACUCCGCCACAGGACAUCUCCGUGUUAAGACCGAUGCAGCUCGACGCUAUGUCUCUGCUGGAUGUGAUCUGCCCCAAGAUUGGUGUGUUCAAAGGAGGAAUCGCCGAUGUUCUUCCCGUCACGGAUUUCCAAUCCAUGUCAAUCGCCGCCACUCUCUUUGGGUCGAGAUGGAUGUUGAACUACUUCUUUCUCGAUGGGAAUGGUCCAUUGGACAUCAGGCGACUCCGAGAAAGCUUCUUGCGGGUUGUUGAUGCUUUUGACAUCCUUCGGACCGUCUUUGUCUGCCAUCGCGGGCAGUUCUUCCAGGUGGUGCUGCGAAAGAUCCGACCAGACAUUUUUGUGCAUGAGACGGAGCAGAGUCUGGAUGAAUUCACCAACAGCUUGCAAAAGCGGGACCGCGAACAAGAUCCCCGGCAAGGCGAGCAGUAUGUGCAAUUCUACAUUGUCAAGAAGAAGCAGACCGACCAGCACCGCAUUCUGAUUAGGAUGUCACACGCUCAGUUCGAUGGAGUUUGUCUGCCAAAGAUCAUGAACGCCAUCAAGCUGGGAUAUGAGGGCAGUACUCUGCCUCCAGUCUUCUCGUUCUCCAACUACAUGCGGAUGCUCCCUGGAAACAUCACGCCAGUCCAUUACCACCACUGGUCCACUAUCCUCAAGGGCUCCAAGAUGACCGAGAUCAUCCGCCGCACUAAGCCCAACACCUUCAUGCACAUCGGUGCUUUUGCAGAGCAGAAGAAGACUAUUGUGAUCCCGUCGACAGCGAUUGGAAAUGUCACCCUCGCAACCGUCAUGCAAUCUGCGUGGGCUGUGACGUUGGCGAAGCUGACUGCCCAGUCUGACGUGGUCUUCGGGCUUACUGUCAAUGGCCGGAAUGCCAGUGUGCCUGGUAUCGAGACGACCGUUGGGCCCUGUCUCAACAUCCUUCCCAUCCGGGUCAAAUUCCGGGAACACUGGAGUGGCCUGGAUCUGUUCCGUUACCUUCAGGACCAACAGAUUGCCAACAUGCCAUACGAGUCGCUAGGGUUCCGGGAGAUUAUCCGAAACUGCACCGAUUGGCCCGACUCGACGUACUUUACCACGUCUGUCUUCCACCAGAACGUCGAGUACGAGGGACAGAUGCAUCUGGACGGCAACCCAUACCGGAUGGGAGGCGUUGGCGUCCUUGACAACUUCACCGACCUAACACUGGCCUCCAAGUCCUGCGGUCAGGAGAAGCUAGAUGUCUCCAUCGGUUACUCGCUCAAGGGGCCUAUUCCACCCGCCUUCAUUACCAAAGCCCUGAACAUGGUUUGCGAGACCGUCCAAAGUCUAAUCGCCAACCCUAGCGUCCCACUGGCCUCCCCAGCCACCAUUCGUUCCCUCCCUAGCCAGGUGAUUCACGAAGCACCCAGCACAUCCGACGCACCCUUCCUCUCAUCCAACCUCAACAGCCAGAAGAUGUCGGAGAUCGUCAUCCACUCGGACAUCCUCACCCGGGCCUGGCAGCAGGUGCUGCCCCGCCGGACUCACAACGUACCCUACCAACUCGACGCGUCCUUCUUCGGCCUCGGUGGAGACAUCAUGAAUGUCGCCCAGCUAGUCUGGAUCUUGGAAGAAGAAGGCUUCCAGGUACGCCUGGAGGAUCUUCUGGAGCAUCAUACCUUCCUCGGUCAGAUGGCCGUGAUGGCCAUGCACCACCAGAAGGUGGAAACAAACAUAGCCGAUGCUACAACAACGACUGAAGAACCUGCCAAGGACAUGUCUAUGACCAUGGCAAAGUCCAACAGCUGGAGCUCUCUAGGCAAAGCGAUGACGCUGGCUAAGAGAUUCACCAAGUGGGGGAGUGUAACUUCGCGAAAGUGA